AUGUCCAUAACACAACCAUUCACGCCACCUCCAACGGGAUCACUCGCCGGGAGGCACGCUAUCUACCGAGGACUGAGGAAAAGCUCGAUGGAAUACACGUCUCUUACCCACUCCAGAUACCCUGAGUCAGCCCACAUGCUCAAAGGCGAAAUCCUGAUCUCUGGCCAGCAAUCAGGAUAUAUCCAGUACACGAUUGUCCUCGACCACGAGUGGAUGACCAGGAAGGUCAAAAUGUCGUCCAUGUUUGGCAACCAAGAAAAGCGACUUGUGCUCGAGGUUGAUCAAGAUCAGCGGUGGUACAAGGUGACCGAGCACCGUCUAGCACGGACUAGAAGUUUUUACCGAUCGGGUCUCUCUCAAUCCCAGGCCACUGGCAGUCGCUCUAGUAGCGCCGACAGUCAGUGCAGCAUGCAGGAUGCAGAUGCCAGCCUCUCAGAUUCCUCAGCUAGCUGCUAUUCCUCGUCGUCCGACUCAGAGUGUUCAAUCCCGUUUGAAAAGAUCAACCUUACGUGGACCCCUCCGCCCAAGGGAACAAAAAGAGCUUCCAAGAGAUUCUCGUCCCUCAACCCAUUGGCCUCCAAAGCAACGAUAGCGACAGCUACCGCUACAGCGACAGUGAUGACAACAGCGACGACAGUAAACUCCAAAUCCAUAGACUCGAUUUGCGCGUCACCAACUAGUGACAUGCACCCUGCACCGAAUUCAACAUUAUCUUCAACAAUAUCCUCACCUAUGACAGUAUCAAGUGCACAAGCCUCAAGCCCAGUAGUGGGAUUUGGGCCCAAGACUCUUAACAGGACUAUCUCCACGUCAAGCCUUACGGGACCGAAAAAGUAUGAGCACCUGCCUCAGCUGGACGGCUGCAUCAACCUCGAUCUCGGUUACGAUGUAAGCCCAAGCACGCUACUGUUUCCUCUCAAGCGGAUGGCCCUUUGUAUCGAGCCAGAAAAAAUGCGCGAACAUCUGGAGAGUAUUGAGUUUGACGAAUCAACGACCGAAAAGAGCGCACUUGUCUCCUUCCCUACUCUGGAGCUACGAUCAGUCCAGACACAUGUGGCAUUCGCAGGACAUGGCCAUAAGCCAAACUUUAGCGUGGUCGAGUGUUGGCGGGAGGAGGAGGAAGAUUCGACGUUGGUUGAGGUAGACGGAGAUGGCCUCGUAGUGUGGUAUGGACACCAUUGGGCCAGAAUCCCGUCCUCUUAA